AUGACAAAUAGCACCUAUAGGUGGGCUGGUUUUAAAAGCUCCGCUUUGCAGCAUCAACACCGCAGAGCCGAAGUCACCUUCGAAAAUCCCACCAUUCAGAUAAGCCAACCCGCCCCAAAGGUGCAUUUCCAUCAUCGUAAGCGGCAUAGACACCGGCGACGAAGGUCUAUGAAUGAUUUGACGCCUUUGCCCAAUGGAGACCUUCAACAGCACCAUCAAGUCAGUAGCAGUGAUAUUCAAACUACUGACUUCAGAAGGAAACAACACAGACAUCAAACAGAGGAGGCGAAAAUUGUGCCAGAUAACAAAAUUAGAGCAAGUAUGUGCUCGCUGCCAACUGAUCGCGUCUCACAUAAGCGGGCAACUUCUUUCUCUGGAGCUGCUCAAAUCACUGGAACGGCAGCUUAUAUCUCCUCGGCGGCUGAUUACCUUGGAAAUGCAGGAGACCCUGGCUCACCCCAGGAUGCUCUACCUCCACCCGAACCUCACCACCAUCAGCUCUCUUGGCGAAAGAAGGUCUACGAGUUCUUCUCUGCUCCUGUCACGAGGUUCUAUCUUCAUGUGCUUCUCUAUGUGGUCUUCCUGCUUAUGUUUAUAUGCUACAGCCUUGUGACUGUGCCUUACGCAUCUCUAAAUGGGCUGGAAAUCUACAUCUAUCUCCACAUUAUUACCUAUUACAUAGACAAAUUUCGAGAGGUGAAUCUAUCACCAGGUAUUAGUUACUGGCAAAAGCUAAGAGUUAGCCUAACGUCUUUCUGGAACAUCUACGAUUUCAUUCUCAGCUUUUUCUCGGUGAUUGGUGUGAUUGUUCGACUUAUAGGUCUGCAAAAUAGGAUGCUUUUCCUCUGGGGACGAAAUAUUCUAGUCUGUUGUUGCUUGUUUUGGAAUAUGCGCUUCUUGGAAUUAAUGCAAAUUUGGCAUUUCUCUGGUCCCUAUAUCUACCUCAUUGUCAAAAUGGUUCGAGCCAUGAUACCUAUGUUAAGCCUGCUUUUCAUACCUCUUGUGGCAUUUGGAACUCUUCGUGAGGGUAUUAUGGUGAUGAAUCGGACCUCAUUAUCCUUGGAAGCUUUCAAAAAUGUCCUCUUAGAGCCUUACUUCAUGUUGUAUGGUGAAGUCUACGCACCAGAGAUUGAUCCUAAAGAUUGGGGAGUGAAUUUGACCGAAACUCCACUCUAUGAAAUGGUUCCAACUAUGGAUGUCAUUUAUCUUCUCUACUCAAUUGUUCUCAUGCUGAGUGUGAUCAUCGCCGUAUUCAAUAGCAUCUACUCCGCAGAAUUGGCCCAAUCAGAAUUGAUUUACAAAUACUUACGAUACUCCAUAAUUACCGAGUAUGAAUCCCGUCCGCUUCUUCCACCUCCAUUUGUAGUAUUUUCCUGGAUUUAUGCAGCAUUUCGAGCUGCAUACAAGCACUGUAAGACCUCGCCUCGAUGUAAAAAGUGCCGUCAAAUAUGCCGUCGAUGUCGAAGGUGCUGUAAAAGAUCGAAAAAGUGGGUACAAAGGCGACUAAAAUAUCGUUAUCGAUCGAAAUCUGCAUCGUCAAGAAGUAGUUCGUCCUCUUCUUCGUCGUCAACAUCUUCCAGUACAAGAUCUUCAUCUUCACCUGGAAAUUCUUUUGACAUUGGACACAUCUUCGCGCCUAGAACGGCUAUUUCAAGCGGUGGACAACAGUCUGAUGCAUUAAGUAAAUCGUAA